AUGCCUAGAUCACCAUCACCCGCAAGAUCAAGAAGUAGGAGGAGGUCGUAUACCCGAUCGAGGAGUAGAUCUCCAAUCGAUAAAAUAAGGAGGAGCAGUCAUACGCCUGAAGAAGAGAACUUCUCACCUUUCCUUAUACGUAUAUUCGUGACGAAAGGAAAACAUGUCCCAUUAGUUGAAUUUGACGAGGGGAAUAUACCACUAAGAGAUGAAUUCCAAGUUUAUGGAUGGAAAUCAUCUACUCCCUCAUCUUUAAUCCGCUCACUCAUCCCCUCAUUCCCACCGCCCUAUCGAUCUCCACUCGCCCGGUAUUCAUUUAGACACAUAUACGUCGAUGCUUCUGCAAGAGGUCUAUACAGAUCAAAAGAUCUAACUUCAUUCACUGGACGAGAUUUGUUUGAAAGUAAUAGUAAAAACACAAAAAACGGCGAAGAGAAGGAUAAGAUGGAUCUGGAUCUUGACGAUAUACCACAAGCGCAAUCGUCAUCUAGAAGGAAGAUUGAAGAAAAGAGUUUAGAUGAUUAUGGGUUCGUCACUGGAGAUCUAUUGAGUAUAUCACUUUAUGUCCCUGAACCGAAAUUACCAGCAUCGUCCACUAGAGGCAAUCGAGAUAGGGAAAGGGACGGAGCUGGAGCUGGAGCUGUGAAUGGAGAACCAAAAGGAAGGGGAUCAUUCGGAUGGGAUAAGACCACGGGAAAUCAAUUUCAAUCCACAGAAGAAGAUCAUUGGCAGAGGGGUCAACCGCUUCCUCCUCAGGAUUUCAGAGGUGGAGCUGGAGCUGGACUAUCGAUAAGAGGUGGUAGAGGUGGCGGAGGAGGAAGUUGGAGAGGUGGGCCUUCAUCUGGACCUGGAUUGGGUAUACGGGGUGGUGCUGGUGGUGGUGGAAGGAGGAGAAGUCCAGAUUAUGAGGCGGACGGUGAUCGACGAAGGAGUAGGAGUCCGCCGAGUCGAGAGAGGAGGGUGAGCUGGGGUAGAAGGAAUUAA